AUGUCCUCCCUCCACCAGUACACCACCAGUCCUCCUCCUUCUCCUUGGAGACUUCGAGCCGUCGAAUUCUCUGCACGCCGCCGCCCUCUGCAUUUCAGGCAGAUCCUCUUCAUCGUCGCAUCCCUUACUCUCACCUUUUCCUACAUCUUCUUCGUCCGCCAGUCCACACACUCCGAGCCAACCGCCACAGAAUCUCUCCUAGCCAUCCAUAAUGUACCACCACCUCCGUCAGAGCAAACGGCCUAUAUCCAGUAUAUUGAUACCCAUCUAGAAAACUCUGUCGACCCCUCCUCCGGCCCCAUCGUAUUUUCCUUCAUCGUGUUCUCUGCUGAUUCUGCCAACGAGGGCGCCAUUCUCAUGAAGUCUAUCCUCAUGUACAGCUCUGUCCCAAUAGAGUUCCAUAUAAUCUGCGAUCUGGCUGCCCAGGAAUACCUUGAAAAGCGACUCAAUCUGGUCACCCACCCCACGCACAAUGUCCUCGUGCGUUUCUACCACAUGACCAUUGCAGGCAUGCUGGCCCGCAUCGAGCGCGAAGGCGCCAUCACAACCGAUCAUUCCGCUGGCGUCCCCGGUCUCAUGAAGCUAUUCAUUCAUGAGAUCCUCCCAAAUAACGUCAAACGCGCCAUUUUCAUCGACACUGAUGCCUUCUUCAUCACCGACCCUGCACUGCUCUGGGACUAUUUCUUACACCUACGCCCUACAACUGCAAUCUCGAUGCCGACGCAUCUGGAGCAGAAUGCGGUCGAGUGGCACCACGCGAACCGCAUCUGCUCCUGUAUCAUGCUACUCGACCUCGCACGCCUCCGCGAGCUGCGCCUUAUGGACUCAGUCGCCUACCGCAAUGACUCUUCUGGCCAUUUUCCGCCCGCGCUCGCCCCGCCCGCGUUUGAGGCCAUGUUUGGUCCGCCCGGCGCGAGCGGCCAUUACGAAGGCGUCAAGCUCGGCGACCAGGGCUACUGGUGGGCUAUCGUGAGCCACCGCCCCGACGUCUUCGAGCACCUCAGCUUCGAGUGGGAGGUCUCCAGCUGCCUCCUGGACAUGUACUUCACCGGGCUGGGGAACGACAACGCCGACGUGCAAGACGAGCUCGCCGUGCAGAUCCAUACACUAGGUACACUACACCAGGGCGAGGCCAUCCUCCCCAAAAUGCUUCACUUCAACUGUCUGGACGGCACUUCUCGCUAUUACGAGUGGGAGGGCUGGUCAGAUCCGACUAACAGUCUCACGCGGAGAUGGUAUCCCGCAGUCCAGUACCACGUCGGCUUCAAGUGGCUAUGGCUCAACCACCACCGGUCAGAAUCCACGCUAAGGAUAGAGACCGUAGAGAACGUAAUCUUCGCCGACGAGCGGUUUGCAGCGGAACAGUCUGACUCGUAA